AUGACCCACCGGAGUAACGCAGGAUCUGUCAGCGGCCUGAAACUCCUGAUUCUUCUCUUUGCCCUAAGUCCUGAACUUCUGUUCCUGGGAGCUGGAUUGAAGCUCAAAGAGAAUGGUUAUGAUGGAUUACUUGUUGCGAUCAAUCCUCGGGUACCCGAGGAUCCGAAGCUGACUGCAAACAUUAAGGAAAUGAUAACUGAAGCUUCCUUCUACCUGUUCAAUGCAACCAAAAGAAGGGUGUUUUUCAGAAGUGUACAGAUUUUAAUACCUGCCACUUGGACAGCUCAUAAUUACAGCAGAGUAAGACAAGAAUCCUAUGACAAGGCAAAUGUCAUAGUGGCUGAGCAGAAUGGGGUGUCUGGGGAUGAUCCCUACACCCUACAACACAGAGGGUGUGGAAAAGCGGGGAAAUACAUCCAUUUCACCCCCAGCUUCCUACUCGACGAUGAGGUAGCAGCAGGAUAUGGCUCACGUGGCAGAGUGUUUGUCCACGAGUGGGCCCAUCUCCGCUGGGGUGUGUUUGAUGAAUACAACAAUGACAAGCCAUUCUAUGUGAAUGGACGGAAUGAGAUUCAAGUCACCAGGUGUUCAUCUGACAUCACCGGCAUUUUUGUGUGUGAAAAGGGCCUUUGCCCCCACGAAGACUGCAUUAUUAGCAAGCUUUUUAGGGAAGGAUGCACAUUCCUCUACAACAGCACCCAGAAUGCAACUGGAUCAAUAAUGUUCAUGCAAAGUUUACCUUCUGUGGUUGAAUUCUGUAACGAAAGUACGCACAACCAAGAAGCGCCAAACCUUCAGAACCAAGUGUGCAGCCUUAGAAGCACCUGGGAUGUGGUCACAGACUCCUCCGACCUGAAGCACAGCCUCCCCAUGCGAGGGGUUGAGCCUCCAGCCCCUCCCACAUUCUCCCUCUUGCAGGCUGGUGACCCAGUGGUCUGCUUAGUGAUCGAUGUGUCCAGGAAGAUGGCAGAGGGAGACAGACUCCUCCGACUACAACAAGCAGCAGAACUUUACUUGAUGCAGGUUGUUGAAGCUCAUACUUCUGUGGGCAUUGUCACUUUUGAUAGCAAAGGAGAAAUCCGAGCCCAGCUGCAACAAAUUAACAGUGAUGAUGACCGGAAGCUGCUGGUUUCGUACCUGCCAACCAGUGCGUCUGCCGAAGCAGAAACGAACAUCUGUGCAGGGGUUAAUAAAGGCUUUGAGGUGAUUGAGAAGCAGAAUGGAAGAGCAGAUGGCUCUGUCAUGAUACUGGUGACCAGUGGCACAGACGGACACAUUGCCAACUGCCUGCUUACCAUGAUGAGCAGUGGAUCCACCAUUCACUCCAUGGUCCUGGGUUCCUCAGCAGCCAGAGAAGCGUGGGAAUUAUCUCAUCUUACAGGAGGUUUAAAGUUCUUCAUUCCAGAUAACUUUACUUCUAAUGGAAUGACUGAAGCUUUCAGUAGAAUCUCUUCUGGAACAGGAGACAUUUUCCAGCAAAGCUUGCAGCUCGAAAGCAUGUGUGAAACUGUACAACCCCAGCACCAACUGGCGAAUACAGUGACUGUGGACAGCACUGUGGGCAAUGAUACGCUUUUCCUUGUCAUGUGGCAGACUGGUAGUCCCCCUGAGAUUGUAUUGUUGGAUCCUAGUGGAAGAACAUACGACACUGGUGACUUUAUCACAAAUCUGGCCUUUCGGACAGCCAGCCUUAAGAUUCCGGGGACAGCUAAGCAUGGGCGCUGGAUUUACACGCUGAACAACACCCACCAUUCUCCUCAAGCUCUGAAGAUGACAGUGGCCUCCCGUGCCUCCAGCCUGGCCAUGUUCCCAGCCACUGUGGAAGCCUUUGUGGAAAGAGACAGCACCUACUUUCCUCAGCCAGUGAUAAUUUAUGCAAAUGUGAGGAAGGGUCUGUAUCCCAUUCUCAACGCCACUGUGGUGGCAACAGUUGAGACGGAGACUGGAGAUCCCGUUGUGCUGCAACUUUUGGAUGAAGGAGCAGGUGCUGAUGUUAUAAGAAAUGAUGGAAUUUACUCCAGGUAUUUUUCCUCCUUUGCCGUAAGUGGCAGCUAUAGCCUGACAGUGCAUGUCCAUCACUCUCCCAGCAUAAGCACCCUAGCCCACCCUGCCCCAGGAAACCAUGCUGUGUAUGUACCGGGUUACAUAACGAAUGAUAAUAUUCAGAUGAAUGCUCCCAAAAAAUCGGGCCGCAGACAUGAGAAGGAGAGGUGGGGCUUCAGUCGAGUGAGCUCUGGAGGCUCCUUCUCGGUGCUGGGAGUCCCAGAUGGCCCCCACCCCGACGUGUUUCCACCAUGCCAAGUUACUGACCUGGAAGCCGUGAGAGUGGAAGACGAUGUGAUCCUCUCUUGGACGGCACCUGGGGAAGACUUUGAUCAGGGGCAAUCUACGAGCUAUGAAAUAAGAAUGAGCAAAAGCCUGCCGAGCCUUCGGGAUGACUUUGACAACGCGGUCUUCGUGAAUUCAUCAGCGCUAGUUCCUCAGCGUGCCGGCGCCAGGGAGACGUUUACAUUCUCACCCAAGCUUGCCACCCCUGAACUGCCCCACGAGCCCGACGGAGAAGCACAAGAAACCUACGUAGUGUAUGUGGCCCUGAGAGCCGUGGAUGGAAACUCCCUCAGGUCAGCUGUGUCAAACAUCGUCCUGGUAUCCAUGUCUCAUCCCCCAAACUCUGCUCCUGUGGUGAGCAGAGCUGAUCAGAUACUGAAAGGCGUUUUAACAGCAGUAGGUUUGAUAGCAACGCUUUGCAUUGUUAUGGUUGUAGCACACUGCACUUUAAACAGGAAAAAGAGUGCAUCAAGGAAAGAGAAUGAGACAAAAUUUCUAUGAACAAAUUGACACAGUACCUCCCUUCUCAGACAGGAUGGCCAUGGCCUUCACAUCCACGAAACAAAAUGCCAACAAAAUCAAAUUAGCCUUAACAUUGGGACUUUUGCAUAGCAGAUAGAUGCUCCCCCCC